UUGUGAUCACAGAGGGAGACAGAGAGCUCAGCUAAAGCUGUCAAAAAAAAACUUUACAACUCCUGGAAGCUAGAGGGGAGAGAUCGAAGAUUUCAUUUUUUGUUACAUUCUGUACACUCUUUGGACGUUCUAUGAGAGAUAAGAAAGGAGGCUGAGAGGGGGGUUUAUCACCAAGUUCCAAUACAGGUUCACUGACUCGGUGCUUAGUUUUGGUGCUGAGAGCUGAACUGCGUCUCCUGUCCGAUUGCUGAAGCUCAGAUCAUGGAUUUAAAUGUGCAGCUAUUGUAGGGAGAUUCUUGUGGUUAAAGUUAUUUGAUAUUAACGAGAAGGGGACAAGGAAGGCUAAAGGAGACAAGAUAAGGAAAACUUGGACUUGUGUACCAUGGGUGACAGCAGAAUGAGGAGAGCUGGACUGGACAUACUAAUUAAAGUGGCUCAUCUUCUCCUGUGCUUUAUCAUCACCAGUCAUUCCAGCUCUGCCCAGGAAGACAGGAAAGUCUGUCUAGGAACAAAAAACAAAUUCACACUUCUUGGAACAGAGGAAGAACACUACAUCAGCCUUAAACGGACAUACAGUGGCUGUGAGAUUGUGCAUGACAAUUUGGAAAUUACCUACUUAGAAAGCCACCAUGAUGCCUCCUUCCUAAAGAGCAUAAGAGAAGUGGGGGGUUAUGUGAUCAUCUCUGUCAACGGUGUAAAAAGCAUUCCUCUAGAAAAUCUCCAGAUCAUCAGAGGGAACUCUCUCUAUAAAAAUAAGUUUGCUUUGACCAUCGUGUCUAAUAGUGCAGGAAAUUCCAGCUUGCAGCACCUACCACUGAAAAACUUAACAGAAAUACUUAACGGUGGUGUUAAAGUAUCAAAAAAUCCAGGUCUCUGCAACCUAAAUUCAAUCAAAUGGGAAGACAUUGUGAAUACAGAAGUCGCAAAUAAUGUAAUUGCACUUGAAGAUAACAACCCUCCCAAUUGUUGGAAAUGUAACCCAGAAUGUAAAGGAUCGUGCUGGGGGCCUGAACCCGGAGACUGUCAGAAGCUUACAAAAACCAUCUGUGCCCAGCAGUGUUCAGGUCGGUGCAGGGGGCCUGUGCCCAGUGACUGCUGUCAUAGCCAGUGUGCAUCUGGCUGUACAGGACCCAAGGAGAAAGAUUGCAUGGCUUGCCGUAAAUUUCGUGAUGGCGAAACAUGCAAGGAAAACUGCCCUCAGUUGCUGUUAUAUAAUCCAUUAUCCUACCAAAUGGAAAUAAACCCAGAUGGAAAAUAUAGCUUUGGAGCCACCUGUGUGAAAAAAUGCCCACACAAUUUUGUAGUGACUGAUCAUGGCUCAUGUGUUCGAACAUGUAAUCCAGAUUCUCAUGAAGUAGAGGAAAAUGGCGUGCGUAUAUGUAAAAAGUGUGAUGGACCUUGUACUAUAGACAAAAUUUGUAAUGGAACUGGUACUGGUAAUUUAAAAAAUGUCUUAUCGAUCAAUGCCUCAAAUAUCGAUUAUUUUCAAAACUGUACCAAGGUUUAUGGAGACCUGACCAUUCUGGAAUUGGCAGCUAAAGGUGACCCAUUCACCAACACUUCAAGACUGAACCCAGAAAAACUUAGCAUCUUUAAAACCAUUCGUGAAAUAACAGGGUUUUUACACAUUCAGUGGUGGCCAACUAAUUACACUGAUCUGAAUUAUUUUGAAAACCUUGAAAUAAUUAGAGGCAGAACUAAGCAACAUGGUAGAUAUGCCCUUGCGGUGGUCGGACUAUCUAUAAACUCAUUGGGUUUACGGUCUUUAAAAGAAAUAAGUGAUGGAGAUGUUAUAAUCAAGAACAACAAGAACCUUUGCCAUGUUGACACCAUCAAGUGGGACAACCUGUUCAGAACAAAUCAACAAACAAAAAUUAUAGAUAAUAAAGAUCCAAAGAUAUGUGCAAAUUCAGGAGAUAUUUGUGACCCUUUAUGUUCUGGUGAAGGAUGCUGGGGACAAGGGCCUUUUCAGUGUUUCUCCUGUGGCAAUUUUACGCGUGAAUAUGAAUGUGUUCCAUUCUGUAAUCUUUUAACAAGGGAACCACGAGAAUAUGAAAGCAAAGGUGUUUGCUAUGCUUGUCACUCUGAGUGUAUGCCACAGAACAAUACCGUCACCUGCACAGGACCAGGUCCAGAUACCUGUACGAAAUGUGCCCAUUAUAAUGAUGGUCCAUACUGUGUGCGAACCUGUCCAGCUGGUAUCCCUGGAGAAAAUGAUACAUUGAUCUGGAAAUAUGCUGAUGAAGCAGGUGUAUGCCAGCUGUGCCACUCUGAAUGCAAAAUGGGAUGCAAAGGGCCAGGAAUUGCAGGUUGUCCAGCUCCUGGGUCGAGAGUUGCAUCCAUUGCCGCUGGUGUUGUUGGAGGGAUCCUUGGAGUACUUGUCGUUGGACUAGUUGCCUUCUUCUUCAUUCGGAGAAAUCGUAUCCAUAGAAAACGCACCCUACGCAGGUUACUUCAGGAGAGAGAGCUUGUUGAACCUGUAACGCCCAGUGGUGAAGCUCCUAACCAGGCACUUCUUAGAAUCCUGAAAGAGACUGAGUUUAAGAAGAUAAAGGUUCUUGGGUCUGGAGCAUUUGGCACAGUUUAUCAGGGACUAUGGAUACCUGAAGGAGAAGGGGUAAAGAUUCCUGUUGCCAUUAAAGAAUUAAGAGAAGCCACAUCUCCUAAAGCCAACAAGGAAAUUCUUGAUGAAGCUUAUGUUAUGGCCAGCGUAGAAAAUCCUCAUGUUUGUCGUUUACUGGGAAUAUGUCUGACCUCUACAGUCCAGUUGAUUACACAACUCAUGCCUUGUGGGUGCUUAUUGGACUAUGUUAGAGAGCACAAAGACAACAUUGGCUCACGCCAUCUUCUCAACUGGUGUGUGCAGAUUGCCAAGGGUAUGAGUUACCUUGAAGAUCGGCGCCUGGUCCAUAGAGAUUUGGCUGCUCGGAAUGUUCUUGUUAAAGGUCCCCAACAUGUGAAGAUCACAGAUUUUGGAUUGGCAAAACUUUUGGGAGCUGAUGAGAAAGAAUAUCAUGCAGAAGGAGGAAAGGUGCCAAUUAAAUGGAUGGCAUUAGAGUCAAUUCUGCAUCGAAUUUACACCCAUCAGAGUGACGUAUGGAGUUAUGGAGUCACUGUGUGGGAAUUAAUGACAUUUGGACUGAAACCAUAUGAUGGAAUCCCUGCAAGCGAAAUUUCAACAAUUUUAGAAAAAGGAGAACGCCUUCCUCAACCGCCAAUCUGCACCAUUGACGUCUAUAUGAUUAUGGUGAAAUGCUGGAUGAUAGAUGCGGAGAGUCGUCCUAAAUUCCGUGAGCUGAGUGCUGAAUUUACCAAAAUGGCUCGAGACCCAAAACGAUACCUCGUCAUACAGGGUGAUGAGAGGAUGAAUUUACCUAGCCCUGUUGAACCCAAAUUCCAUCGUGCAUUGGUAGAGGAGGAUAUGGGAGACCUUGUCGAUGCAGAGGAAUACCUGAUACCACAUCAUCAAGGGUUCUUCAGCAGUCCUUCAACUUCACGGACACCUCUGUUGAGUACGCUGAGUGUACUAAGCAACAAUUCGCCGAUUGUGUGCAACAAUCGAAAUGGGGGACCACCAGGUAGAGAAGAUAGCUUUAUCCAGAGAUACAGCACAGAUCCUACAGUUAUUUUGAAUGACAGCAUGGAUGAGGAGUUCUUGCCUGCCCCAGAAUAUGUCAACCAAAUCAUUCCAAAACCAGUGGCAUCAACAUUAGAAAAUCCAGCAUAUGUCAACUUGGCUCAAUCAAACAAUACAAAGCCUGCUCUCGAAAAUCAUUACCAGAAUUCCAACAGCAAUGGAAUUAACAACCCAGAGUACCUGAAUUCUGAUCAUGCUCUUACCACUAAACCAGAGUUGGACUAUCCUUCCAUCUGGGACCAAAAAGUUAACCAUCAAAUAAAUUUGGACAAUCCUGAUUACCAACAGGACUUCUUUCCCAAAGAAACAAAGACCAAUGGACAUUUUAAGAUUCCUGCAGCUGAAAAUCCUGAAUAUUUGGGAUUGGCACCCAAAAGUGACUAUAUUGAGGCUUCUGCAUGACUAAAAUGAAAAGAUAACAUUCUGGACUCUCGUCUUCUUAAGACUCUGCCAGGUUUUUACAGACCUGUGAGGAGAUAUGAAUAACAAUGGCAACCAGUACAUUGCCAUACAAGACUUGUACACUUCAACCUGGACCCUUGAAGUAUAUUUUGGAUUUAUCCUAUUGUGGCACUGGUUGGCUAUCGACACAAAAAGAAGGCCAUGGCAAUUAGAUGUCUACUUCUCCUCUCCCUCUGCAUUUUAUAUAAAUAUCUAUAUAUGUACAUGUAUAUAUAUGUACAUGUAUAUAUAAUGAUUUGUAAAAAAAAAUAAAAAAAAAUGCCAUUUUAAUUCCUCAAUUCCUCUAGGGAUUUUUUUUUAUAGUUUAUAAUAAUUAUUGCACCUUUUCUGUUGCAUUUGUGUUGGAUUUUUUUACCCAAGAGACUUGACUAUUAAAUGCUUAGUUUUGAACAUGGAACAAGAUCUUUUUUCAAUUUCAUAACCUAAUGCUUAACUUGGGAUCAUGGUGGCAGUGCUAGCUACAUUAAUUAUUGUAAAGAACUUUGUCCAACUCGUCUCUUUCCUUAUACUUGUAAGGGAACAUGCACUUAUUGUCUUAAUUUCGUAACUUCAUAAACAGCCAGAAAGCAGAAGUAUAUUUUCCAUUGGCAUUUCAAUAAUGUUCUCCCAAAAAUAUCUUCAGAUUGACUUCUGUGUGCCAUUGAUUAAAUAUGUUAAAAAAUAUACUUUGAAUUAUUAAUAUUCUUAUAGUGUAAUUUUGUAUGCUGACUAUGCAUAUUUAGCUAUCCCUAUCUACCCAUAUCCUGCAGUGUUGAGCAUUGCAUACCUUCCAACACUGGAAGGUAAGGAAUCGGUACUGAUGGGCAAAUCUUAAAGGUGGCAAAGCCAGUGAUGCAACUUGGCUUCACAUAAUUGGUAGGCCAUCAGGUAAUUAGCAGGCCAAACAUUGGGGCAUGUCAGACUGGUGUUACACACACCAGGCUGAAAGACACACUUCCAGCCAGCCCCCAACCUACAGGACCAAGAGGAGAGGGCUGCUGAAGUGCUCCAUGCAUGGUCCUACUUCCCAGGAGUGACACAUUUGGGAGCCCUGCAUUGGGUUUAUGUCUACUACUUAGUAAUGUUCAGACGCUACAGAAAAUGAAAUGUUUUUAAACAUUAAGCAGGGCUAAAUCAGUCCAGCUCUGUCAGUCCAGUUCAGUUACUCGGUACAGUUAUGUGCUUAUUUUAAAGCACAGGCCUAUUAAAAGUGCCCUUGGUUCUUUGAAGGGUAGGAUUUUGGGUGUCAGAAAACAUAUUCUAGAAAUGUCAGUCAUAAGCUGAAACAAAAUGGAAAAUAUUUGCAUUAUUUUGUAAAGGUUUUUAUUUGUCGUGUUUGUAUUUUUAAUGGAUAUGGCAGUAUAAUAUAUGGAAAAAUACACAUUUUGCAUCACAUUGAAAUAAAAGCUAAACCCAUUUGUGGAUUAUAAAGUCUGAGUAUCUGCCCAUCCGGUACACAGUAAACUAUAUAUUGUGAUCAGUAAGCAUUGUUAGGUUCAGCAGACACCAUAUCGUGUAUAAAUAUAAAUAAAAGCAUGUAUUAUUUUUUA